GUGUGAGCUCUUUGGGUUUGUGUCAAACAUCAGCAACAUGCCUUCAGUAUGCAUAAACACCUGCAGAGGGCACAGCUUCUCUAUGGAUUGUAUCAUUAUCAGGCUGCCUUAGAGGAAGGGCACUCCAAAUCAAGCAAAGGGAUAAAACGUGGUGGAGAUUUUUUUUCUUUUUUUGCACUCUCUUUUUCUGAUUGGUUCCUGGAGUAUAAACCCAUACAUUCCACACCGUUAAGCUGAAGCAGCUUUUUUUUUUUUACUCUAGACUGUGGUGUUUUUCUCACCUGGAGUUGAUGCUGGGUGUGAAGGCAGCCUCUCUGUUCGCAGCAGCUAACAUCUGAAGACUGCUCAUCCACACUACUAUCAGACAUGUUUAUUUGUGCAGUGAAAGUCGUCGUCCUGGUGUGUUUCUGUUCGCUUCAUCAAACGUUUGGACAGGACUGUCCCAGCAAACAUGAAAUACAAGGUUCUCUGAGACAGGUCCAGAAGCUUCUGUCAGCUCAUGAGGCGUCCUACAUGCAAAGUCUACGCAACUUAAAGAAGAAAAUUAGUGCGCUGCAGACCAGUGCAGGGAAGCAGACUUCUAAAACCAUAAACAGUACGUGCCCAAAACUAGACGCACCCAUCAAUGGGAGAAAACUUGGAAAGUCCCAUCAUGUUGGUCAUGAGGUUCACUUUCUGUGCGACCCCGGUUAUGAGCUUGUGGGAUCAGAGACGAGAGUUUGUCAGGAAACUCUGACCUGGAGUGGUCAGCAGCCCACCUGCCAAGACAUCAAUGAGUGUGCGUCUUCUCCCUGCCUGAAUGCUGGCACAUGUGUGGAUGAGGUAAACCAGUUUUCUUGCGUCUGUGCCAAAGGCUGGACUGGAGCUACCUGUCAAAGCCCCGUGCCAACCUUUUUCAUCACCAUAACAAACACUUCAGCCACCGCUGCUGCUGCUGCGACCACUUUCCCAGCUGCCACCACCGGACCCUUUGUUCGUCCCUCACGUUGCACGACCGUGCAGGGGACCACUCACUGCACCUGCGAGCCAGGAUACACCAUCUCUGGCAGAGACAGCUACACCUGUGCUGAUAUCGAUGAAUGCGAGCUGUUCCAUAAUGGACAAGCUGGGAGAUUGUGUUUGCAUGCGUGUAUUAACACGCCUGGAGGGUAUCGCUGCUCGUGUCCUGCUGGCUAUGAUGUGACCCGUGACGAACGCAGCUGUAAAGAUAUUGAUGAGUGUGCCACCAGGCAACACAACUGCUCAAAAGACCAGAUGUGCAUAAACACAUACGGCGGAUUCCAGUGUGUUCGCGUAGACUGUCCCAAAAUCCGUAAUGCUACUUAUGUCAAAACGUCAACAAUGCGCUGUGAACGUAACCCCUGCCCUGUGGAGAACAAAGCUUGUUCUCAGGCCCCUAACUCCUUCUCCUACCAUUACAUGGCUGUGGUGUCCAACCUGUCAGCCCCUCGAGUCAUGUUCAGAGUCUCAGCGCUGCGGCAAAUGGGUGACACCCUUCGUUUCUCUUUGCUGGGCGGAAAGCAAGCCCGCCGCCACUUCACCGUCCAGCGUUCAGACCGACUGACAGGCCAGCUGAUGCUGGUGACUCCAAUUCAAGGUCCGGCCACGGUGGAGGCAGAAGUGGAGAUGAGUGAGCUCGAGAGACGGGUCCAGGUUGGGAGAUACAUAACUAAAGUCACCCUGUUUGUUUCUCAAUACGACUUCUAGUGAGCAUAAUGAUGGAACAUGAUUAAACAAGAUAGAAAACUGAAGGGCUAAGCAGUAAUACAAUCUGAAGAAAAGACCUACCAUAAGCUGAAUGAAAUAUAGUGCAUAAGCUAUGUAUAUUUUUGAAGGGUAAUGUGGAAACAUCCUUAAUCCUCAUUGAAGUUCUGUUGUAUUUACAUUCUUGUGUCAGCACUAAUAAAUAUAAACUUAAAUUUACCAAUAAAUAUCAACUGAAACAGUAAAAGUGUUGUCUUUGUUUGACAGUUUGGUUCAGAGUGUCCUGUCUACUUGUUCUACUAUCUGCAGGAACAGUCUGACGCUAUAAAAAAGUUGUGUACUGCAUGUGAACAGUAAUGUGCAAAUACCUUGGUUCCUGCAGUACAGUCCAAUGCUGUUCAGCAGGGAGAAAGCUAAAUGGGGUUGUUGAAAAGAGCCUCUGUGCAACCAAAGCUCUCACAUAAAGUUCACUUCUGAAAAGCAAAACAAGGAAACCGGGAAAUCCACAUGCCCUGCACAGCUAAAGUCAAGUUUGUGCGGUCAUUUUCCUGUGAGGGGAAAUGUCUUCUUUGUGAUGCACUAACUGCGAACUCCUCGGUCUCACAGGAGUGAAAAAAUGCACCGUGAGCCCGUGUGAGAAAGGCUGCAGUGUCACAGCAGUAAAACAUAAGGUUCAAAAACAAGACUCACUGCAGAAGUAAAGAAUGGAAAGCAAAUCAUUAAUCGAUGAACAGAAAAUCAGCCCCCGUGCAGGACAGUUGUUUAGUCAGUAAAAUACAACUUAAAAGCUCUCCCUGUCUUCAUUAUUGCCACAAAACCACAUCUAGUUCAAAUGUUUCUUCUUAACCCUUAGUGGGAAAGCAAUUUAAAGUUGAUCAAUGAGUUAAUUUACACAAAAGAGUGAUAAUGUAGUUUACAAAAAAAAAAAAAAAAA